AACCGUAAUACUGCCAAACAUAUUUUAUCCAGAAAGACCUUUUUGGUUGAUUAUUAUAAAUAUUUAAAUGAUAAUAAUGAAAUUUUAUUAUACGUUCAUCAUAACAAUAUUCCUAAAAAUGAUAAUCUUAAAAUAAGAUCCGAUUUGAAAAAAAUAGGUGCCAAGUUAUGUAUGAUUAGAAAUAACCUUUACGAAGUCUAUUUGAGAUCAGAAAAGGAAGCUGAUCCAGCCGAUAAGCUCACUAGUAUCAAGAAUAAAAAAGUUAAACAUCCAUUGGCACCUUUAUUAACUGGUCCAACUGCUGUAAUUACCAUUCCUGAAUGUGAUCCAAAAGUUGUUGAACAAGUUUUGAAGAUUUUAAAAUUCGCUCAAGAAAGAUUAUUCUUGGUUGGUGCUAAAGUUGAAUCGAAAGUAUUUGAUAUCGAUGAUGUUAAUGCUUUUAAAUCUUUACCUAAUAAAUCAGAAUUACAAGGUCAAUUAGCUGGUUUAUUAAGUGUUUUGGGUGGUGCUGGUUUAGUUAGAACUUUAGAAGCUUCGGGUAAUGUUUUAUACUUGACCAUGGAAGAGCGUAGAAAAGAUCUUGAUCCAAAUGAAAAUAAGGAUGAU